AUGUCAGCAAGAGUAACAACACAGCGCCUGGCAUUGGACCUCUGUCCUCCCCGGGACAGCUCGUUCUGGCCGGCAUACGUAGCCAUCCGAGCAGAUCCCUCGUGGCAGCAGCAAGUAUGGCAUGCAACAUAUCCACCAGAAAAUCCACGUAGAGUGUACGAGAGAAACAGCACUCUGGUUGACAGACGGGGCCACGGCAUCUGGGCUGUGUCUAAACGUCACUCCGAUGCGACCGUUGUCAACCACAGCGGCGGUGACGACCGGGCAACAGAAUGGGUAGGUUGGAUUGGUUAUCGCAACCUAGACGACGCAUCACCGCAAUCAGCUAAAUGGCCACCCCCACCAGGUACCCUGGAGGUCUAUAUCGGGUUUUCAAGGGAGCAUUGGGGGAAUGGCUAUGGUACGGAGGCAUUAAAGGGGCUAGUGGACGAUGCGUUCAGCAAGCACCUGGUCAAGGGGCGCCUGACUGCUUGCAUACUAGAAGACAACCCGGCUUCAGAAAGAUGUUUUGAGGCAGCUGGUUUUUUGCGAACUUCCGAAGACCUGCGGUACGAAGACGAGGGUGGCUAUUGGGUCUUGGGGAGGGAAGAGUGGGAGAAGAGGAAGGAUCCGUGA